CACAAAACCAAUCAAUCGAACUUUCCCAGAGAGAGAACAACCGCAAAAAUGGACCAAAAGACUGACGGCGUCGGAAUCAAAAUCUACAAUAAUGUAGUCUACGGGGAUCCACACGACGACGAGGCCACCAAAUCUCCACCAAAGCCACCGCAACCUUCUUCUUCAUCUCAGCCUCUGCCCCUGCUCCGACUGAACCCGGACCACUUGCACGGCCGUAAACGGCGUGCCGUUGCGAAAGGGGUCCAGAAAACCCUAUCCAAGACUUCAAUGCUGGCCAACUUUCUUCCCACGGGCACUCUCCUAACCUUUGAAAUGGUUCUCCCCGCUAUCUACACAACCGGGGAGUGCACGCGUGUCACCACCAUGAUGACGUACGGGAUCUUGGGCAUGUGCGCCCUCUCAUGCUUUUUCUUCCACUUCACGGACAGUUUCCGUGGUCCGGACGGGAAGUUGUACUAUGGGUUCGUGACGCAGAAAGGGCUAGCGGUGUUUAAACCGGGCCUGAUGGUGGAGGUGCCGAAGGAGGAGAGGUACAAGUUGGGGCUGUCGGACUUCGUUCAUGCCAUUAUGUCCGUCAUGGUGUUUGUGGCGAUCGCAUUUUCGGACCGCCGCGUGACGGACUGUUUGUUUCCGGGGCACGAGAAGGACAUGGAUGAAGUGAUGGAGAGUUUCCCGUUGAUGGUGGGAAUCGUGUGCAGCGGCUUGUUUCUUGUGUUUCCGAGUACUCGCUACGGGAUUGGCUGCAUGGCUGCAUGGCUGCGUGAAUGAAGCAGAUGCGUAAUUCAAGAUACAGUUUUAUUAGUUAAUGAUGUUUGUAUUUCUGUAAGUUGUAUUAAUAUGUUAUGUUGUUUGUGUUUAUAUAUAUAAUAUAUGUUAUAUUGGAAAGAAGUGUUUCGGGAACCAGGUUCGGUACAUCAACCAAUUAUAUUAUUAUAUUUAGUUUAUCCGUCCAUAUAUCUGGCACAAUAAAAAAUCUCUCGUUAUAUU